CCCCUACCAAACGGUGUCCAGUUAUGUUGGUGUGGCGAACGCCGCCGCUGGCUAGGCCGUCGUUCGUUGCUGCUGUUGCCGUUUCAGCCUCCUUAUAUUCUUCAAGCACCAGCAACACUAUCCAUACAUAUUUACACCAUUGAUUCUUGCCAAAUACCUCGGUAAAAACAAACGUGUAUGACAUUAUUGCGCGUUUUAUUGAACAAACUAAGGAGAAGGAUACGUUCUGCGUUAAAAAAUCAAGUCCAAGGAUUUGUGACGUUUAUCCCCGUGGUGGUGCUUCGAGAAGAACAAAAUUUCGAAAUAUUUUUAUUCGCAGUGCUCAAAUAUCGAUCAUCGUGCCUCACAAUACUCGCUUCAAUUUUUCACAGUUCCAAAAGUCACCUCCAGAGGGACUCCCAAAAAAUCAAUCCUCGAAUAUUAAACAGCCCGCCUUCCAAUGUUUUACACACAAGACAGAUAACGCGAUUGUGACGCUUUCUUCAUUCGGUAUAACAAAGUCUUCGAGUGUGGUAAUCACGAGCAGUGAAAGAAUAUUUCAUAGUUUGUGUUGUGUUUCCUUUCGGAAUUCUUCGGCUCUGAUUCGGAGCGUGAAUUUGUCCCGGGCAGAUUCUUAUGCGACUGGUACUUUUUUCUUCAUGUUUUUUCUACCGAAGGAAGCUCCCAAUCGUGCCUGUGAUAAGUUAGGCGAAAUGUGUCAAGUUUAAUCCCAAGGAAUUCCGAAAAAAUCGAGUGUGAUGGAGAAUCGAAGGAGCAAGGGAUAACAUAGAAGAAUAAGGUUGAUAAUCGAUAGCGAAGGGUCCUCAGCGUGGGCAGAUCGUACGGCAUAAUCAAGUGAGAAGAGUAUCAGUACAAAAAGGAAGGAGAUAAAAGAAGGGUGCGAUAAGAGGACGUUCAGAAAAGCUAGGCAAGUGUCCUUCGCGUCGUCUUCCCGGUACCCUCGUAAUCAUCAUUGUCGUCGAUUAAAGAUGAACGGUGUAGAUACGAAACGUGUCGUUCUCUGGGCUCGAUCAUCUUCUGUAUUUCCAUCAGUCGCUUCCAAGUGCUUGAGCUAUACGGACGUUUAAAAAUCUGCACGGAAGCGAAAGAUAAACUAGAUGUCAAGUUUCCGGUACGGGUCAUCAACUUCAAUCGAAUCGAUGGGCGCGCCGAGAGUCUGAAAGAAAUUCUGAAGCGUUUUACCGGAUAAGCAAAACAGGGGGAGCCCGAGAAAAUAAACUUUUCAAAAGCGAACGAAGCUGUGCUUCAAAUUCAGUGAAAUUUCUUAAUGUUCCUUGCUUGAGAUGUAGGAAGAGAACCAACUGGUUGUGACCGUCGCGGUGAAGGCGACGAGGAAUUUUCAUCGCGAGUGAAAGUGACCGGGCGAUCAUUUGUGCAAUCGUUUUAUACGAUAUGGAAUAAACUAUUUUUUUUUUAAAUAAUCACCACAAUUGAGCAACAAUGAAGACGACGAGUGAUGUCGUCGCGGCACCGCCGCUCGAAGACGCCGCCUCCUCCGUCACCGACUCCGUUCACCAUCCUUCUUCCUCGAGCAAAGAACUCGGUCAAAGAACUCUAAGGUCACUUAAACGAGGCUUCGGAAGACUGUGGAGGAGACACCGAGGCAAUGCAUCUAUAACCGAAUACGAUCCGUGCUACAAGGUCGCUUAUCUCGGCAACGUACUUACGGGAUGGGCCAGAGGCGAAGGUUGCGUCGAGAAGCCGGUAUCAACGCUCUGGCGUAAUUACGUCGGCAGCAGUAGGCCCGAUGUAAUGAUGAGGCUGACCGUUACGAACGGUGGGUUAACGGCAACGACGAAGGACCAUGGAUUGACGGAGUAUUGGGCCCAUCGUGUUACUUAUUGCGCUGCACCGGCUUCACACCCACGCCUUUUUGUUUGGGUAUACAGACACGAGGGGCGUAGAUUAAGGCCCGAAUUAAGAUGUCACGCUGCUCUCUGCUCGAAAGAAUCGACCGCACGGAGACUCGCCUCGACUCUUAACGCCCGACUCCAGCAGGCACUUCUCGAGUUUCGUAGGGACAAAGUUUCACGACAAAAUGCCAGAUUGUCUCUGGCGAAUGCUGUGUACGAGAAUCCCUCACUUCCGCGAAGGAAAAUUUUGCUCAGUACCGGAGGACAGAAUUACAGGCCACCUCUCGAGAGAUCGAAAAGUGCACCUAAACUCUCGGCCAUCGAAGAAGAUGCAGUUGCAGAAGAAAUCGAACAAAAAAGAUUACUCGAGGAGCUCAGGUCACUGGAGAAUGUGGCACGAAGCUGGCAGGAUCAGGAUGGCUGGAGGCUGGCGAGGCUCGUCGAUGCCCUAAAUCGUGCCGGCGCCUCGAGCGAAUAUUCCGACGAAAAUGGAAGUAUAUCGAGCGGGUGCGAGACAGCGAGUACAUCAAACAGCGAGGAGAGAGUCCCGGGAACUAACGAUCAUCAUAACAACAACAAUAAUAAUAACAACAGUAACGGUAGCCAGAAUACGAGUAACGAAACGAACGAGCCACGAACGGGACGACGAGUAAUAUUCGCCGAUGAUGUUCUGCGCUCGGUAACCUCAACGGGUCCUGGUCCCCGAAGAAAUUCCGACGGUUCUCCAAACUUUAUGACCUGCGCUGGCAGUCCCAGAUUCCAUUGUUCUCGCGUCAAGGGAAGAAAUCGUUAUGGGAAAGAAAACAGCGUUGAUGAUGAUAUGAUGGAAGAAGAAAUCGAGGAAGAAGACGUCGAAGAAGCCAACAGACACGUCUUCGACUUCGAGGAUCCCGAAGACUUUGACGAGGUCGUUGACUACACACCCCACGGUGAAAGUCCGAGUAGAUUGGAGAACGCAACAGGAAGAAGAAUCGACGUGAAAGGUGAAAAGUAUCCGAGCAUAAUGCGUCAAGUGGACAAGCAGUUGAUAGAGAGCGAAGAGACGACUUUCUUGACGUUGGAUUCGUUGGACGAGGAAGAAGCGGAUAGCGACGAGAGUGGUUACGUCGAGGCACCGCCGAAAUCGCUCCUCGGUCAGGAAGAGGUCGGUAAGGAGAGCGAGGAGACUUACGAUUCGAUCGAUAAUAAAACGAACGUCGAUAACGUGCCGAAGAUAGUCGAAGAGUCGAGUAUUAUUACAAGCAAAAUAGUAGUGGCCAACGCUCCGGAAGAUCGUAAACUCGAAAGAACGAUCAAAGAAUAUAAUUCGAUUGAUGAAAAGUCGUCCAAUUUGCCAUUGGACAAAUGCCCCCAUCAAGAUAAAACCGACGACAGUAUGAAUAAUAAUCAAAAAAUCAAAGAUCGUGAAAAAGUCGAUUUCAUCAAGUGUCCGAUAUCGGAGACUAUCAAGAAAUUGGCAAACGCCUCGUUAAGGUCCUCAAAAUCCCUGGAAAUUUCGACAACUACGUGCCUCAAAGCACUCAACAACCUCAAAACCUCCAAGUCAUUCGACAGCACGAGACACGUGGAAAACGAGGAAGAGUCGCCCAGUCUUCAUCAACGUAAACAAUUACUCGCUCAACAGGGAGUCAAAGUUUGAAGUCGAUUCAAAAAACGCAACGUGUUUUUUUCGAAUUUACCACUUUUUCAUCCGGUACGAAACCUGAAUGGAUUUUGUAUUUAUUUUUGCACCAAAAACAUCCAGCUUUUUCGUAGUCACAUUAUUCAAAAAAAAAAAAAUUAUGGCAACGUUUUAACAUGACAAAAAUCAACGAUUAUUCUUGGCAAAGAUUUUUCAUGUAAAUAUAUAAACGACCAAUUGAUCGAUUUUUGUCGAAAAAAAUAUAUUCAAAAACCACCCAAUGAAAAUGAAACGAUGUAAGAUUGAACAGGCCGAUUGAUAUUUGGGAAGGACUUUAUAUAGACACUUAGUGACGAUAAUUUCGCGCGACAUAUACAAUUUAUAUGCUGCGCCCACAUGACGAAGGAGUUAUUUAUGUUAAUUAUGUUUUUUUCUCGAUUGUUUGAGAGUGAUGUAUUUUAUAGAGUAUCGUACAUUAUUGUUAGAGUUUUGGGAGAAAUCUCCGAAGGUUAUCCCCCUCAUAAAAAUCUUACGAUUCACUGUGAGCUGAAAUGAUCUUAUCAAAAUUUUAUCGACGACUAAAAAUCGAUGUGUUUUAUCGAAAUGGGCUUGAGAAUUCACGAGUUAUAAAAAAAAAAAAAAUUAAUAUCCUCUGAUUGUCUUUGGAACCAUAGGAAUUUAUAAAUGAAUAACAAAGAAUUAAUUGGAAGCUCCAGUGUUGAAAUCAAUGAGAAUUUCCAAUUCCGAAACGAAGAAUGUUUUCAAGUGCAGUUACUUUUCAAUUAAAUCAAGAAAAACAAUUAUCUGGUGAUCUCUACAGUCGAAAACUAAUCGAAAUAUUGAAGUAGCCAUAGUCAUUCUUCUUGGAACCAGAAUUUUCUCUGUUUCAUCAUAUCAUUCAAUGAGUUUCCGAGGAGUUUUCAAUUUUUUAACGUAAAAUGACACUCAUGAGAAGAUACUCCGAUCGACCAAAGUGAUGUCUCGUUCAUCAUCACGAAUUUGCCCAUUUACUCGCAUUUCAAUGCAAAAUAUAAAGUUGUAUUUUUAGUCAAAUCAAAAUCUAGUUUAUUUCGAUAACUCAAAUGUGCGGUAUGGUAAAAAACAAAAGAAAAUUUUCCAAUAAAGAAAGAGAUUGAUAUGGA